AUGGUCUUGCUAUCUCUGAAAUACGCUCUCUCCUGCCUCGCAGCCAUUGCUGCCGCCGUUCCUCACACGAAUCGGGCUACAUGUGACGAGUCUUCGCUCAACACUACCACCACUACCUAUACCACCACUUCGGAAGACACCAUCUUCACAGUUGCCAAGAAGUUCGACCGUGGCCCCUGCGACAUCGCCCGUUACAACCGAAUGAUCGACGCCGAGCACAUGUUUGCCAAUUUCACUCUCCGCAUUCCUCCCCAGGUCUGCAACCCAGACAGCACAACCUGUCUUUUGACCAAGCAAAAUGCUACAGCUACUUGUCUCAAAGGUGGCCCGCACGACUACAGAACCAUAGCAGGUGACACCAUUGAGAAAAUCGCUUUGUACAAGCUGAACAUGACCGUCGCGUCGGUCUACGAGAAUGCCAAGAGGACUGUUUCGUCUAUCCAUGAGGAGCUUCCCGUCGACAAUUUCCUCAAGAUUCCCCAGUGCGUUCCUAGUGUCUGCCAUGUUACACCGUUCCAUUUCACCUACGGUGUUUACAAGGAUCUUGCAGAGAUGUUUGACACUACUGUUGGACAGAUCAUGGCCUUCAACGGUGGUUACAACUAUAGUGAAUCCGCCUCGGAUGCGGAUGCGGCCUGGAUCACCGUGCCUACGGGAUGCACGAACCUGGCUCUCAAUGUUACUGAGGAGCUCUAA